CGAAAGGUGAAUGUUGUGGCCUUUCGUGUCUGCACCUUGAUCGACUGUUUACUACCGCUCAUAAUGCGGCUUUUCUAAAGUCUGUAUUCAUGUUUGAACACCGGUUCUAAAAAAUAACACAAUGAGCCUGAAACUAGACCUUUUGUGGUCCCCAAACAGGGAGGAAGAGUUUGUAACAUUUGGCCAGGAGCUGACUCUAUUUCAAGUGGUCAAAACAGAUAGCAGUCUUGGUUCUGCACAAGUUUCAGGUGCUACUAGAAUCUCUGACAGCACUCUUGCCAUCCCACUGUCUGUGAACUCUGAAAUACAGUAUGUAAAGUGUGUGGCCUGGUACCCAGGACAUGACCCUCACCAGCUGAUAGCCGUUGGUCAAGCUAAUGGACGGAUUAUACUGGUCAGUUUUGGUCAAGGAGGAAACAAGGAUCCUAAUGACUUAGUUGGCAAAGAAUUUGGCCCAAGGCAUGCACGGCAGUGUAAUUCUCUGGUGUGGAAUACCCAUGAUAACAAUCUGCUGGCCCAAGGACUGGAUAAAUAUCGUCAGGAUGCUUCUCUGUUAGUGUGGGACGUGAAUGCCAAGCCAGCAUAUGGUUCUUCCUAUGACUCUACUGCCACUCCAGAUAGUAAGAGAGGGUCCACCUUUUAUGUGGAUACCACCCCAUCUAUAAGACCUGUGGCAGAAAUAGGUGCUGCUGAGAGUGUAUACUCUCUGUGUUGGUCAAUAAAUCAGCCCAAAAUUCUGCUGACAGGGAUGAACAAAUACCUCAGAGUGUAUGACAUAAGGGAGAGCACCCACCCACAGAAUGCGGCUCUGACUAAGAAUGUGUUUGGACUUUGUGUGGAUCCGCACAGUGCUGACAGAGUGGCAUCUUUCUCAGAGGGUCAAAUUUCUGUUUGGGAUUUGAGAAACUUUGACAAACCAGUGUUGACGUUUACAGAGAAUAGACAGAUUAUGAAGCUGUCUUGGUGCUCCACAAGGUCAGGCUUACUGACCAGUCUGAUGCGUGAUUGGUCAAUGGUCAAACUUUACGACAUCCAGCACACCACAGGGGGCAGUGACGAGAUGGAGCCUGUGAUCAUUGAGAGGCUCAUACAGCCAGCUGGUCAGCACAGCGUGGGGUCAUUUACCUGGCACCCCACCCAGGAGAACAGAAUGCUGACCAUCUCCUCAGAUGGCCAGAUCAGGGAUGUGACAGUCUUUGAGAGGAUUGCUUUGGCCUGGUCGCCCAGUCAGAUGUUAGCGUGGUCCUGUGGGAAGAAGCUGAUACAGUGCAGUAGAGUACAGGUACCUCCAGGAGAGGAGGAUGUGGCUGAGAAAAUGAAAUACAGGGCAAUGCGAGGGUAUGGUCUCCAGACAGAACAGGUAUGGCAGAAUACUGAACUUGUGGGAAAUGAUAGACAGCUGAAAAGUAUGUGGAGCUGGAUAGAUACAGUCAGGAGUCUGUGGCAAGAAGGGAAACUGAAGACAAUGAUUAAGAACGCUCCAAAAUAUUACGGCAUCAAGUCUAUCCUCCGUGGCGAGGUGAGUCAAAAUGGAGUCACCAAUUUCAGCGAAUACAGCUAUGCACCAUGGGAAGGUGUAGAUGGAAAAAAUCGUCUGCAGCCCAAGCUAUACAAAAGUGAUGAAAGGAAAAAAUGCCUACAACUGUGUUGUUGGGACUUUGACAGUGAAGCAGAGUUGAACACAGUGAUAGACAGAUUGGAGUCUGAUGGAGAAUAUGAGAGAGCAGCACUGGUGGCUUUGUUCAACUUAAAGAUCAAGAGAGCACUAGAUGUGUUGAACAAGGGGGCUUCCGGAACAGGUGGUGAUGUCAACUUAAGCAUUGUUGCCAUGGCGCUGAGCGGGUUCUCAGACGACAAAAACACACUUUGGCGUGACAUGUGGAGUAAUGCCCUGUCCACGUCGCUGAAAAAUGCAAAUCUUCGUUCCAUGUUUGCUUUCUUAACCAGCGGCAUGGAGAACUUUGACGCUGUACUUAAUGAAGAGGACAUGUGUGUCCAGGAUAGAGUAGCCUUUGCCUGCAUGUACCUUUGUGAUAGCAAGCUAAUGGAAUACAUCGACACACUGACAGCUGAAAUGAUCAAUGGUGGAGUUUUAGAGGGAAUUCUACUUACAGGUUUCGGCAGAGAUGGAGUGGACCUCCUUCAGAAGUACGUAGACAACACUGGGGAUGUCCAGACAGCCUCGCUGGCCGUGGUCCAAGCUCUGCCGGGAGAGAUUAGCAAAGAUAUCAGGGUGCAGACAUGGAUUGAGAGUUAUCGCAGUCUGUUGGACAGAUGGGGAAUGUGGUAUCAAAGGGCGGAGUUUGAUGUGCGCAGAGCGUCAUGUGAUGCCAGCAUACGACCUCCAACCCAGGUCUUCGCCAGCUGUAACUUUUGUGGGAAGUCCAUCUCAUCCUCGGCCAACAGAAGAAAUCAGUUUCUGUCUUAUGGAGGAGGGCCUGCAGCUAACAAACCUAAGGUAACUGCCUGUCCAGGCUGUAGAAAACCUUUACCAAGGUGUGCACUGUGCUUAAUACACAUGGGGACAAGCUCGGGGACAGCCAGCUUUAGACACAAAUCAGAAAGGACAGGUUCACACAACAGUAACGUGAUUUUAGCUCCUUUUUCUGAUUGGUUCACCUGGUGCCAGAGCUGUCGUCAUGGCGGCCAUUCCCAGCACAUAGCUGAUUGGUUUAGAGACCACAGUGAAUGUCCUGUGACAGGCUGUACAUGUAAAUGUAUGACACUAGACUCCAUGUACCAGGCAGUUCACUCUGAGGAACAUGGAGCUACAUAGAAAUAACCCAGUGUGCAAAGACAGACCAAGUAUGGG